GGGGGCGGGGCCUCCUCGUGACCGCCCCUCCGCGGCUGGUCCGAGGGCUGGGUGUCCCCCACUUAAUGCAAUCCCGGUUCCUGGUCCCCGCGUAACGCGAUCCUGGGUUCCCGGCCCGCAGCCGCCUGCCAGUGGCUUGGCGCCGCCGAGGGCCGGGAGCGCGCGAGCUCGUACCCACGGCUGCGAGGAGGGUUUCCCCAGACCGAGGCGCGGAAACGGGGUGCUCCGGCCUCCCGCCCGCUGCCCGCCUGUUCUUCGCGGUCGCAAACGCCGUGCGCCCUGCGCGAUGGGUGCCAACGAGGACCAGGAGAUGGAACUAGAAGCUUUACGUUCUAUUUAUGAAGGAGACGAAAGCUUCCGGGAAUUAAGUCCGGUUUCAUUUCAGUAUAGGAUAGGUGAAGAUGGCGAUCCCAAAGCCUUCCUAAUAGAGAUUUCCUGGACAGAGACGUAUCCCCAGACGCCGCCGGUCAUAUCCAUGAACGCGUUUUUUAACAACACCAUCUCCUCAGCUGUAAAGCAGAGUAUCUUAGCCAAACUACAGGAAGCCGUAGAGGUGAAUCUCGGCACCGCCAUGACCUACACAUUGUUCGAGUACGCCAAGGACAAUAAGGAGCAGUUCAUGGAGAACCACCAUCCCGGGAACUCUGCGCCAACACCCAUAGCCAAUAUCAUCGCGGUUGAAACUCCCAGCACAGCCCCAUCAAAUAAGAAAAAAGACAAGAAAGAGCAACUUUCCAAAGCUCAGAAACGCAAGCUGGCAGAUAAAACAGAUCACAAAGGAGAGCUUCCUCGAGGCUGGAACUGGGUUGAUGUCGUGAAGGUAUAGCAUACUUACAUUCAAGUCUUCAAAGUUGUUACAUUAUUUGCCACCCACUAAUGACAUGUAUAUCUUCCAUUUUCCUUCCUGCCUCCUUGGGAAUUUCCCGGAUGUCUGUUUACGCUUUUGGAUUCAGCACUUAAGUAAAACUGGUUCUAAAGAUGAUGACUAGCACCUACCUGCAGACGAAGCAAGAGCAUCAUCCUUUGAAAAGCAGCCUGGAUCAACAUGUCUCCUUACUUUUUCUGGUACUGAGUGGCUUUUUAUAAGACAUGGUUCUUUUGUAUGUGUCUUAAAAAAUGUAAGUGGAAAGUCCAUGAAGCGAUUUGGUUGUAGUAAAUUAUUUUCACAAUCUUGCCUUAAUAAAAGGUGGAAGUGGAACCAUUUAGUGUACUUUCUGAAGCUGUUGAGCAUCAUUGGCAAUGGAUGGCUCUGAGGAGUGAGUCCGUGCUGACCUAGCCAUCUGAUCCAAGCGAUGCGAUUGUUUUUAAAGGCCAGCAAAGCCACUUGCAAACUGUCCGUUCAGUAGAGCCCAGUACGGAGUCUCUGGUAUUCCACAGCAUGACCCAUAGCAAUAGGCGUCUCCCCUCAAGUCCCCAUCCCCUCCUGCUUAGGUGAUGAAGAGGAGGCUGCGUCAGCAAUCUGAGUGCCAGUGUUGAGCUUUCAACGGUUCUCUUUGAAGUUCCUCAUCAUUUGUCAGCACUGAAUUACUUCUCCUGUUAGUUACACUUUUCUCGUGGUUUGAGUGAAGGUGUUUGAUCAUGACGGCUUUCGAUUCUAUAAAUACUAAAAGACUGUCAGAAGAGAAUUGAGGGGCUGGGAAAGAGCUUAGUAGUAAAGGGCUUGCUGUGCAGGCCUGAGGACCAUGAGUUCAGGUCCCCAGUACCCACAUACAGAGCCAGGCCUACACCUGAAACCCAGAGCUGGGGAGGCGGAGACAGGAGGAUCUCUGGUGUUUGCUGGCCAGCCAGUUUGGCUGCAUCGCUGAGCUGGUUCAGUGAGAGAUGCUAUCUCAAAUAAAUACGGUAGAGAGCAAUAGAGGAAGACACAUAACAGAUCUCUGGCCUCAACAGGAAAGCACACGUGCGUGCACCCAUCUGCACACACACACACACACACACACACACCAUACACCAAACAAAACAAAAACAACAAAUUUGCCAAAUACUUCGGAAAGCAUUUGAAUAAGUGCUAGCUCUUAUUUAAAAUAUUUCUCUUUGCUGCAUAUGCCAGGAUGAGUAUAAAUAAGAUGCCUUAAUAUUUGAUUUUUGUAUUGUUGGAGACAGUGGUUUUAAUAAAUUCCUAUUAUCUGCUAUUGUGAUGUUUUGUUGGUAACUAAAGUCUUUUGCUGGAUUCAGCAUUCAACACAUUUCAAAUCCUGAGGGUGGUGCUUGACUUUGUGGGGGGUUUGCUUUUUGGUGGGUCUUUUGUUUGUUUUUAUAGUGUCUUUUCAAAUACCGAAUGUGUCUCCCAACCUCUGUAUCUUUUUAAUAAUAGACAUACAAAUCUUUCACAUGCUAAACUGUUGUUAUACAUGCUUGGUUUUUAAAAUAAUUAGGAGAGGAGACUUGCUAUAGUUUUACCUGGAAACUUACUGCUGUGUGUAUGUGAGUUAUGGUGACUGUGUGUGUGUCAGCGUUGUUAGAAUGCCAAGUUGUACCGUGUAGUGUAGACCAACAAUUAGCUUUUAAAGAAGUUACCUUAGCAUAAGAGCAGAUUAAGAGGUAGGUAUCUAUGGAUUUUCCAAAGUUACCCUUGGCUUCGGUUAAAUUGUAUGAGCUGUAAAGUAAGUGUGCUUACAGAGAAAGAGUUGGCUCGCGUUUGAAAAAGCUCACUCCCAUUUUGUCCCUUGGAGUAAUAUUGAAAUUGAAAACACCCAGAUUGUGACAUCUUUUCUUUUCAAGGUUCUUUUUGUGCAGUUUUUAUUGUCAUCUUGAUUUGUUUGAUUUUUUUUUUAAAGAAACAUCUUGUAAUGGAAAAAAAAGUGUUUUGUUCUGUUUUAAAGAUUAUUACACUUGUCCAAGUUAUUGUGGUUCUUAGAUUGCAAAGAAUAUGCUAGUUAAAUGCCAAUGAACUAUUUUUACUCUUUUUCUAUGAAUUGUACAAAGCUCUGGGGCAGAUGGUGGCAGGGGUGCUCCCGUUACCUUAUAUGAACACUUCCAUCAAUGCUGCCAUCAUCCCAUAAUGCUCCGCUCCCAGUAUAUUUUCUCAGAGUCUAUUUACUCAAGAUUGUAUGGAAUGACCUGACUGAUAAGCAAUAAAGUCUGAAUCAUAGUGAUUUUUUUUCUAUA